UUGAAGGCAAUAUGUAUGUUUUAGUAGCGAAUGAAGCAGCCAGUGAUUAGUAUCAUCUUCUAACAAUAUCAACCGCAUUUUAUUCAAUUUUAUCUGAAGAAGGAUUUUCCUGCAAUCCGAUGAUGGUAUGAACAUACUUGAUGAAUAUACAGCCUUUGUCUUCUAUGAUUUGAAGCGAGAAACCGAAAGACCGUGUACUGUAUUUGGCAUUCGUGUGUAAAAUUCGUGUUUUGUGACAGAUACCUCAAGAGAAACAUUUGUUAUUUUGAAAAAUGCCUCGACCAGGCCGUAAUACGUACGAUGAACAAAAACCGCCGUAUUCAUAUAUUGCUUUAACAGCUAUGGCUAUUCAAGCCUCCGGUGAAAAAAUGCUGCCACUGAGCGAUAUUUAUAAAUUUAUCAUGGACAAUUUUCCCUUCUACAGAAAGAACACACAACGAUGGCAGAAUUCUUUACGACAUAAUUUAUCCUUUAAUGACUGCUUUAUAAAGAUACCUCGUCGUCCUGACCGACCUGGUAAGGGCAGUUAUUGGGCUUUACAUCCCAUGUGUGGUGACAUGUUUGAAAAUGGAAGUUUCCUCCGCAGAAGAAAAAGAUUCAAAACAAAGAUGAAGAGUCUGUCGGCAUCAAUGGAGAGUUUAAAAUCUGAAUUAAGUUCGGCGGCGUUCAUACAGGAACAAGCAAGGAUUAGGCUGCAGAUGUCGCAAGAUUCUAGUCGAUUCCAGCCCUACAGUGUCUCUAGCUACACAGCACCGCCCAAGCAACCCUUCACCAUCGAGAAUAUCAUCUCUCCUCAGUAUAAAUCUACUACCCUUCUCCCACAGACCCUCCUCCCCGCGCACCUACCGGGAUUUACUCCCCCGUUUCCAGGGGGUAUCCCUAAUCCUGGACUCCUGUCAGCGUAUAACGGUGAUUUACCAACGUCCCUUGCGUCAACGUUUUCGUCGAUAUCAUCCAGUUUAGCUUCAAGAUUUGGACAUCUUGCUUCAUUACCCAGUGACUAUAGUUUGUUAAAACCCUCAAACUUUGAAUCGUUUCCUCUAGGAUUCAGGGUGCCGAUAAAACCCGCCCCUGUUAGUGCUCUGUCGUAUUCAAGACCAGGAGUGUUGAUGGGGACAACAGGGCUUUCCCUAGCUCUCCCCAAAAUACCAUCCUCUUCUGAAAAUAUCGUUUCUAGUGCGACCCCGGCUUUACCGGCACCACCGUCAGCGACUCCGUUAGCUGUAAGCUGAUCUUUUGGACAAAUUUAGGACAUUUUUGAAAUUUAAAUUAUAGAUGAAAACACUGUGUUAAAAAUUAUACAAUAUUUGUGACAUUAGAGAACGGUGCCCCCCAUAAGGUAUUGUUAUUUUAAUUUCUGUGUUUAAGAAUUAUUUGUGAUGAAAAUUGUGUUUAAUUUUUAAAAUAUGGAACAUACUAAGGUAAGAAAUACAGUUUUACUGAUGAAUUUUAUCUUAUUUUUUUUUAAAUACCAGGAAAUAUACAUAUUUUGGAUAUCUCAAAAUUUUAUUUGAAUUAAAUUGUAUUCUCGAAAUAUUAUGUUUUUCGUGAUUAAUGUCUCUGAUUAUGCUAAAAUACUAGUCAAACGUUGUACCUUUCUAUUCUUUAAAGAAAAAUAAUGAUAAUGUCGCUAAAAAUUAAAAUGAAUUUAAGAAGCAGUAUUACUGUCAAAUUAAUAGUUUGUUUGGAUCCGUUGUAGUAAAACUUGUAUUUGAACACAUUUACUGGGAAAGUCGAUUAGAAAUUUUGCAAUUAUUCAGUUAAAUGUAGAAAUCAUCAAGGAUUUUCUACUAAAUAAAAUUUUGAAACUAGAUUCAAAGUUUUGUUGAUAUUUUUAUUUUUAUUUUUGUGAAUUUUGUAAAAUUUGUCAUUAUAAUAUUGUUUGUUUAUGUGAAUAUAAAAUAUUCUAAAAUUGAA